AUGGCGACCGUCACUCAGAUUUUCGACGCCUUGCCCGAGACUCUAACCGAGAUCACCGUGCAACGGAAGGAGGACCUAUUGUUGACCUACCCGGCGCCAACUUUCAUGAAGCUCUGGAGAGAAUUCAAACCGCUCACUGCAGCCCACUUCCCAACGGACUUCAAGCCCGCCAAGUUCGCGCCCCCUCGAGAUGUCUAUGUCGGCAAGACACUACGGCUAGAGUGGCAGCAGAUGGACAACCGUCAGCCCUUCUACCACCGCAACGUGGAUGUCGAUGAGCUUUCGUAUCAGGUCUCCGGCGAGCGCACCCAGAUGACCGAGGUCGGCACCGCAGAUCUCCGCCCCGGAGACUUUGCCAGGAUCCCCGUUGGCAUCGCUCAUGACAACUACGGCCGCAAGGAGGUUCAUUUGCUCUUCUACAGCAUCGCUCCAGUAUCCGACGUAGGCAGCAACGCCACUGUAGCGGAGCGCAAGAAGGUUCCCUUUGAGAACUUCUCAGUCAACCAAAGGGCGACGGAGAUGGUCACCGAGUGCCUCGGGGCGCUGGGCUGCGACCUGUCCGUCUCCUUGGUCGAUGAGACACUACUGCUCGGGGGGACUAUCGAAACGGACGCCCAGCUUAUCGUGCAACGGCCUGCGGCGGCCGGGCCCGAGAUCGAAUGGGUAUACAAGUCGCAAAAUGUGUGGCUUGGAAACGUCCAGCUCGAGAGCAGCAGAGGGGAAGUCUAUCGGUGCCAUCGGAGAGCUGACGCUAUUCAGUACCAGAUCAGCGGUACACGUACCUUGGUGACGCAGAAGGGCCUGAUGAAGUUAGAACCAGGCGACUUUGUCAAUAUUCCCCGAGGAUGCGCCUACACGAGCAUCACAUCGGCCUCAAGCAGUCAUAUCAUUGUUCUCACCACCGAACGUCUUCCGCUGCAGGGCGAACCCUCCAAAGUAGCAGAGCGGUGCAGCCUGGAGGAAAUUGAAGCGGCGCGUCGGGGCAUGUCUGGCGUCCUGUAG